AUGCGUCUCUUCGUUCUCCUCAUAACAUUUCUUUCGGCUGUAACGGCUCUUACUCUAAACAAGAUUGAUGGCACUACGAUCGAGCUCGGUGAUGAGCCGGCGGUCGUUGAUCUCAGCAACGUGAUCAUACCUGCGCGUGCGCCGGUUACUGAGUCCAGUGCCCACAACGCAAGAGAUGCUACCGAUGUUAAUGCCGCAGAUUGGGAUCGUAGUGCGUCAAAUGUCCAUUUCUACCAGCACACCAACUACAAAGGCAGUGUCGUGACGGCCUACCGCUGUAGGGAUGGCAUGAACAGUUGCAUGACCUUGUUAAACACAAAAGACGAGCAAGGACACUCACCAAGUUCAAUCUACAACCACUAA